CGGGUACUUACUCCGGAGGCGCAAAAAGAGUCGCCAUUUUGGGAAUGUGUAUUUUGUUACCGUGUGCGACAUUGUUAGCUGAAAUACCGUGGAGACUCAUUUUUUUGUGGAAAAUGACUUGAUACGAUGUUGACAGUGGCAUGUAUACGUCGAAUAGCACAACAGUUGUUGUAGAUCACUUCGAAAUUGUAGGAGCUCAACGCUGACGAUGUAGCAAAGAUGAGGCGACGCUUGAAACCAAAGUGAGGCAUUCCCCGUGCUUGCAAAUUUUGCUUUGCAAACCUUGUGCUGUGUGCCAAAGCCAGACUUAAUUGUGUGAUGUGCGAACUGAGGAACUGAAAAUGUCACCACAGAAGAACGUUUCGGCUGCAUCUCUACAAACUAUGUGCAGCUGCUUGAUGCUGCUGUUGUGUGGUUCAACCCUUGUAACAGCGAUAAGCCCGGGUACGUCUGUCAACCCGCUGAUGCGAUGUGAGUACUACAACGAGACGCUGUGCACCAGCACCAGCAAUGGCUCUGUACCAGCAGGCUGUAGGGGCACGGAGGAAUGCAAGCCUGGGGAGAAUGAGAAGGGGAACCUUUGCUACGUUCUCUGGCAGAACAGCAGCAGUUCACUAAGUAUAAAGCUUAAAGGAUGUUGGGUGGGAAACAACCAUGAGUGCAGCAAAGGAAAGCAUUGUGUGGAGACAAGACGUGAACCCGGCGUCCAGCUUCUGUUCUGUUGCUGCGAGGGCGAUAUGUGCAACACCAACCUCAACCCUACUGCCGUGAUUACAGCUACCUUACCACCAACUCAGGCAGCACCCGUCAGACUGGCUCCCCGUGGCCCUCGUACAGAAACAAUUGUACUGAGCACGGUGACUCCACUCCUGGGUGUAGCAGUGAUCCUGGCAGCGGGUUACUAUGUGUACCGGCGGCACAAGCUUUUGGGCGGGGGACACUUUGAUGAAGUACCCACAGCUGAGCCCACACCAUUGCCUUCACCCAUGAUGACUCCACGUGCUCUACAGCUUGUUGAAGUCAAAGCUCAGGGGCGCUUUGGGGCUGUCUGGAAGGCACGCUACAUGUCUGGCUUCGUUGCUGUCAAGAUCUUUCCAAUACAGGACAAGAGUUCGUGGCUCGUCGAGCGUGAUAUGUACAGACUUGCCCAGAUGAAGCACGAGAACGUAUUGGAGUUCCUUGGUGCUGGCAAACAUGGAGACUGCUUGGAUGCUGAGUACUGGCUAAUAACAGCCUACCAUGAGCUCGGAUCACUUUGUGACUAUCUAAAGGCAAAUUUAGUGACAUGGGGAGAGAUGCUGAAGAUCGCAGAGUCCAUUGCAUGUGGUUUGACACACUUGCAUGAGGAACUUCCUGCCACCAAGCUGGAGCCCUUUAAACCUGUCGUAGCCCACAGAGACUUCAAGAGCAAGAAUGUGCUGCUGAAAUCCGACAUGACGGCGUGCAUUGCAGACUUCGGGCUUGCAGUAGUGUUUCUGCCAGGAACUUCACCGGGUGAGGCUCACGGGCAGGUGGGCACACGGAGGUACAUGGCUCCAGAAGUACUAGAAGGAGCCAUCAGUUUCAACCAGGAGGCGUUUCUGCGCAUCGACAUGUAUGCCUGUGGCCUUGUCUUCUGGGAGCUGGUGUUGCGCUGCUCUGCACAGGACGGUCCAGUGGAUGAGUACACGCUGCCCUUCGAAGAAGAGGUGGGUCAGCACCCGACCCUGGAAGACAUGCAAGAGGCGGUCGUUCACAAGAAAGUUCGCCCCAAGAUCAAAGAUCACUGGCGUAAGCACCAGGGUCUGUCGUUCCUUGCUGACACAAUUGAAGAGUGCUGGGACCAUGAUGCAGAGGCAAGACUUUCUGCAAGCUGCGUGCAGGAAAGGGUCUCUUACCUGUACAGGAAGCUGCCUCCACCAUUCAAAGAAAAGAACAUCACAGCAACAUAUGUGCCAGUGGUGGACAUCAAAUGUGCCCUGAUGCCGUCUGUGCUGCUGCCGCCCAAAGAGUCGAGCAUGUGAAGGGGAACAUUUCAAAUGCCUCCCCAUGUGAUCCCUUCUGUGCCGCAACACAGGGUGCUUACAAUACACGAAAGACGCUCCUGAGUGUUCCAAAACUAUGGCUUAGGCAUGUGUUGCCAUGGAAAGGAGGCUUUCCUUGACUGCUGUACAAAGAACAAAACAAGGACUUGUAUAAUGGCGCCGAAAAUGUCGGACAUGUACACAGAGCGUGUUUCACAUCUAGUCAAGUAAGCGGAAAUAUGCAGCGCACAGUGCCAUUUUCUUGAUGUCAGAGUCAUGGACUGUGUCUAUGCGAGUAGAACAGUGAAGCAAGGUGCUCUGCAGUUCUGCAGUUUCUUUUCCUUUUGACAUUUACCACAUCAGGGGUUUUUAAGGCACACUGCACAACUUGUUUUUACAGGUGCAGUAAUAAAAUGGAAAGCAUCGAAUUCUCUCUGCGGGCAUCCUGCAACAUAUGUCUGACACAUUGUCAGACAUGUCAGACAUGUCUGACACAUUGUCAGACUCUAAGUGCUUGGAGCAGUUAGUUUUACACAUGUAAACUGUUACACGGAAUGGAUGUCGAAAUAGGCAUACUUGGGAGUGACGACGAAGUCAAGUUAAUAAUCCCGUAGAAUUAGAGAGAUUAUUUUCUUGUAAACUUUGGUUAGCACAACGUUUUAUUGUACUCAGAGAACUACUUUUGGGCUUAUAGCUUGUUUGUUGCUGCCAAAAAAAGCCGGUUAGUUGAUUAUGACAAACAUGAAACAACGAGAAACAGAUACACUGACGGACAAAACACGGUGAACGUAGUUUGAUAAAAGGAAUAAUGUUUUAUGAUUGGUAGGUAAUCUCAUUCAUCAUUUAUUUAUUAUAUGAUGCACAUUUUCUUUUCCUUUCUCAGUGUGAUACGUAGGGACCCUGCACUUUAGCUACUUCCUUUUUCCUUUAAGCCUCUGGCUGUUAGCUUUGUCGAACAAGCAGAUGUAUUUUAAAUAACAUCAUAGAGCACUUGUUGGAAACAGUGGCCAUUGAUGCUGAAGCACAACUAUAUGUUCCAUUUAAAUCAAACAUAAAUCAUUUCAUAUUUGUAGUGGCUUGGGGGCCUUUGUGCAGCAUUGCAGAAAAGUUACUGACUAGAUGAGAAACACUCUUUUGGUGCAUUCUUGAUGUUUUCCAAGUGUCUGCUGUGGAGAUAUAUGUAGUGGUUUGCUGUAGAGACAGGAUAAGAGAAUGCAUAGGUGGUGCGACAAGAAAAGUAAUUUUUGUCCUCCCAGAUGUUCUUGCUAAUAUUUGUUUGUCAUAUUGAAGAUACCACUUUUAGGAGGUACAUGUUUUGAAUUUAUUUUAAUAGCAUAGCCAAUAUCAACCUCAAAAAAUUAAAAAAUGCUGGCAUGUCUUUAUGCUGUAUAGGAUAUUGUCAUGGGUGUAUCACACGUCAAAAUUUAAAUUUGUGCGUCCUGUGGCUCUCCACAUAUGAGAACUGAAGAAAUGUGCUAUUACAUCUGCAGCACUUCAACAGGAUCGUGUUUCGGCAGCAACAAGUUGUUUGGUGUACACGUAGACGAAGACCUAGCACUAUUUCCAGAGUUGUGACCCUGCUGUGUACAUCUCUCGGUUCUCUUGUUUUAAAGGACUAUAAUGCAUAGGGGGUGAAGCAAGACAAGAUAACUUAAGGGUCUCAAGGCUGUGAAGCAUGAAGAGAUGUCAAAAUGCUUGAUAUGCUUUGGGUCAUUGGAAAGUGAUACCAUGCCUGUGACUGAACUUAUCCUAUGUUGUGCACAUGUGAAGGAGUUUUAACCAUCAUCUUUGAAAUUGAGCCACUUCAUCAUGUUUUCACCCCACACGAAACUGUAUCCUUGUCAUCAACAUGCUUAAUCGUUCGACAGCAUAAAAUGUUUCUUGUAGAUACGUACAUUUUUUAGCUUGAAUUAUGGCGGUGGAGUUGUUGAUUUAAUGGUAUCACAAGCACCAUAGCUCAGUUACGGGUAAAAAAUAUACUAAACGGCUUUUGUGUAGAAUCGUUGGUACAGUAUUUUGUUUAGCAGGACCGCUGUGCUUGCUACUCGGCGUAAAAGUUACAUGUCGUCGGUUGCACCUUUGAGAAGGCCAUGGCCUUUCGUUGCAGUGUCUCUUGACUGUAUUUUGAUUUGGAAGUCUUAAGCUAUGAUGGUACGCCGUUGGAAGAUGUGAAAUGUGAUGCCAGUUUGUUUUGGCAAAUAUAAAACAACAGAAAAAUUAGGUGCCCUACCCAUAAAAACUGAAGAGCCAGAGGAAAAAGUGUGGUGCCACAUGCACUUUUGUCGGUUGAUGGUGCUUUUUCAGUGUGAACAUCUACAGUCAUAGAUCACUUGACUGGCGCAGUGAAGAAGAUUGUUUGAACUGGGUACUGCCCAGCCAGUUACGGUGUCCACUCCAAGGCUUUAUCCAGCCCCUGUGACAGUACUUUUAACUCACAGAAGUGCAGGCUGACACAGCAAGCAACAUUUUGAAGGUAGCGUGCAUGUUUUACCUGGCCCUGCAGUCACAAUUAGUGCAGCAGCCCCUAUCCAGAUUUCUGUUGGACGAAGCACUCUGGGGAACGCAGAAAAGCAGGGGGACUCGCUCAUCACUGCCAACAUUCCUCAUUGUACAAAGUGUACUUUUUAUCUUCCCUUCCCUCACAUGUGAGAAUAGCUACUUAAACUGCACAACGGGACUUGUGAGCAUUAAUGGUGCAGAUUUUUGGGGCAAAUUCGAUUAAAGUUAUCUAAAAUGUUAUUGGUUAAGUUCUCCUAUGGCAUACCUGAAGAAACUCUAGUUGUUAUUGCACUUGAGCUCUUAAAAAUAAAGAAAACGAAAAUAGGAACUGCAAUCGGUAUAACAUUAUCUUCAUUGGCUAAGCCCUGGUACUACAUUCUUUCCAUUAUGUUUCCCCCCUUCUUCUCUCUAGUGUUGUUUUUUUUAAGGGAAAGCAUGUUUUCUUUUUUUUUAAUCAUAGCUUGCCAUUUUGCACAAUCAAGAGCUAGCAAGUGGAUUGAGGUUCAGUUGCACACCCUUAGAGUUCACUUCGACUGUGUGUUCUCAUACCUUUUUGUUCUUUUUCUUUUUGUUUAUCUGUGCACCAUUGCCAUAGACACAGAUGAUGAUGAAACAGUAGGUGAUGUGUGCAUUGGUGUCAAGUGCUCACGAAAAGGUGCAGGUCACCAAUGUACGUACCAAUGUAGGCAUAUUCCACUCUUUCUUCCUGCUCUUUUAUUAUGUAGGAGUACAAAAAUCCUGUCUUUCUGCUACAGACUUCAAAACGAGUACCUCUCUACGAGAGCAGAACUUUUAUUGGCUAUCGUUGUUGAGGAACGACUGCGAGGUCUGCCCAUUCCAGAGAACAGCUGACUCACUUGUGCACAACAGCAUUUGCAGCUCGUGAAGUUCCAGUGUUCUACUACAGUCAUUUGAUUUUUUUAGAGCACAACUUUAGCAUUUUAAAUUUUCUGUGGAAUUGAUCCCAUCCACCUGCUACUGAGCGAACCUCUUUAUAAUUAACACCCGAGAAGACAGUGCAGAACACUUGUUUCAGAAAAUUAUCCGCCAUAGAUGACAUGCAAGCGUGGGUGCCGUUGUGCAGGAAACAUUUGUUUUGUGUUGUUCUUUUGUUUCCAAUGGGGUAUUCUUCCUCCCCUACUCAACAUGUCAACCUCAGAACCUGGGAGGAGUCCUCUCAAGCCACCAGACACUGCUGAAGUGCCAAAACGCAAAAUAUCAUUUUGUCCCAAAGCCUAACGGGUAUGUCGGCCUCAGUAAAUUGUUUCGCGAGUGUGCGAGGCCCAUUUGUAUAUUUUUGUUCUGUGAGCAUUUGUUUUGCCAGUUGCAAAAAAUGAAACACACACCACAACAUGAACUACAUCAUGCAGUGGGUGCUGCCGUGCUGAUAUAACAGUGUACCACAGUUCCUAUUUUGUAUCAUGUUUGGGCAAUGCCACGAUUACUUGAAUUUUGUUACAGAUUUUGUUUCUGACAUUUGCUUGAAUGAUUGAGUAAGAAUCCUUUGUGUUGUCACUAUAGGAGCAGUAUUUUAGGAACUUACUACCUGACAUGACUGAAACGAUUUCAGAAAACUCCAUUCUACAUUUUUGUGCCCCCUCCUAUUGUGAGGAAAACUGUACAUAUUACAAAUAGAAAGGUGCCAGGGCUUUGUAAAUGCUGUACAGUCUGCUUAUCAUGAGUCUGUCCCAGUGACCCUAGCUGUAACAUAUAAACUGUAGUAAUAAUUUUUUUCUUUCUUUUUUAAUGUGUGUGUAUACAUUAUGGCUCAGACAUGAAACACUGUUGUGUCCGCACACUGGCGAUGAAUGCUUAUGGCGGCUUCUUUCACCCAAUUUCGGUAGCUUAAGUACAAAACUGUUACAACAGAACCCAGAAGUAUCACUGACUGAAAAUACAUAUACAGCCACGCGUAUGGGGAGCUCUUAGGAGAAGUUCAGCUUUGUUCUGUGAUUUCUGGAAGAUCAUUUGAGCAGAAAUGUGAGCAAUGUAGACUGAAACUGGUUUUGACAAGUGCCUCCUUAUUUCUGCCAACCAAAGUUUACAUUUGGGGUACAUCAUGUUGACAGUCUGUGAGGCAUCAGAAGUUGCCACCAGGGCUCCUUCAUUUACAAUAAAGUGUGGAAAUGUAGGCCUUGUUGUAGGACUAAAUUCCUAUUGCAGUGUACAUCUUAUAAAAGUGCAUUAGAACCGCUAAGCUGGGCUGUUGCUGUUCUGUAGACACAGUUAGGUGCUCUCGUAUCUUCAUGUAUAUUAUACAUAUACUACAGUGUUACAUCUUUGACUCACCACAAACUCAACCACAUAUAUUUCAAAAGAAUUUCAUUUUUCGUUUUAUGAAUGAGGUGGACUCUGAACUGUUUGAAAAGUACAAAUCCUGCUUGAAAUUUAUUACAUGAAGUGCGCCCAGUUUCUUGCUGUUUGUGUCACAUAAAUUGCAAUUAUAACUUU